UUAAAUUGUUUAAUGAAGCUAACGUUUGUCGUUCAGUAACAAAUUUCAGAUACUGAUUAUUUAUUAUUAAAUAUGCUGAAAUGAAUGUUUCUAACAGACGAGCUGGAUUUGUCUAGUCCGGAAGAUGAGAAGCGAAUCUUAAGGAGUGAGGAAGACCGUUCGUUCGAUGAAAUAAUUGGACAUAUCGAGGAUUUGCUGUUAGAGGAAAACUUCCAGGCCCUUCAACAUGAAUUUUUAGAGAAGUACUGGAAUAUUUUCGAGCCGAUUGAAGACAACAAAUUAAUAUAUACUGAUAUAUUUAAUGAAUAUAAUAAAGCUGUAGAAGCAUACAUUGUGGACUAUCUGAAGAAAGUCAUGCCACAAUUCACAGUAGACACUCUUUUACAUCAAUUAAAUGAGAAACAGACAGAGUUGGAAGGUGAAGUUUUCGAGAUACUGUCAACAAUAACAGAUUUCUUGGCUUUUAAAGAAAUGUUCCUCGAUUACAGAGCGGUGAAAGAAGGUAAGGUUGCAGAUCUUAGUUGUGGGAUAUCUGUAACAUCUUUGAAAUCCUGCAAUGUAGAGAACAGCAAAAAUCCACCAAGAUAAUAUCUAUAAUUUUAUUAUUGAGGUAGUUUUAUAGAUAAAGACUAGAGUAUAAGAUGGAAUAUAUGAAUAAAUACGCGGCAUAAAAUGUGAUAUAAACUGGAAAUAUUAAUCAUUGUGUUCAAUAUUUAUUAUAUUGAUGGAUUGUGUAUUCACAAAAAUCUAUAUUCAUUUUAUUGCGUAUGUUUACAAGAAAUACAAAAAUAAUUUGAAUAUUAUCGAAUCUUUUUUCGCAUUGUACAGUUUCUUGUAAUACCCAUAUAAUAUUUGGAUCCAAUUUGAAAUGUUAAAUUUGAGAACUUGCUGCUGUUAUAAUACUAUGAUGGAAUUCAUGUAAUCUCAUUCUAUUUUAAGUAAGAAAUAAAAUUGUCGUCGAAAUA